AUGAGCGUCCUCCCAGCAUCGCUGCUUCUCCUGCUGCUGGGCAGCAGCCUCUCUCCAGUCCAGGGGGUUCUGGAGGCCUAUUACACAAACCUGAAGUGCAAAUGCAUCCAAGAGAUCUCGGACUUUGUCCACCCACGCCUCAUUGAUCAGCUUCAAGUCCUUCCCCGUGGGAACGGUUGUGCAAAGACAGAAAUCAUACUCUGGAUGAAGAAUAAGUCUGUUAUAUGCGUGAAUCCUCAAAGCAAAUGGAUACAAAAAAUACUGAAAAUGUCACACAAAAAAAAGAUGUUUUCAACUCCACCAACUCCAGUGAUUAAGAGAAGGAUCUCCUGA